GGCGGUGGCGGAGGGAGGGGGAGGAAGUGUCAUGGCGGCGGCGGCAGCGGGCUCAGGCGCGGGCUCCUCGGUGCGGGGCGGCGGCGGCGGCUCCUCGACGGCGUCGCGCUGGUUCUUCAGCCGUGACCAGCUGGAGAACACCCCAUCCCGUCGCUGCGGCGUGGAGGCCGACAAGGAGCUCUCGUACCGGCAGCAGGCCGCCAACCUCAUUCAAGAUAUGGGCCAGCGCCUCAACGUAUCUCAGCUUACCAUAAACACAGCAAUUGUUUACAUGCACAGGUUUUAUAUGCAUCAUUCCUUCACAAAAUUUAAUCGAAAUAUAAUAUCUCCUACGGCAUUGUUUUUGGCUGCAAAAGUGGAAGAACAGCCACGGAAACUUGAACAUGUUAUUAAAGUAGCACAUGCCUGUCUUCAUCCUCAAGAGCCACAACUGGAUACAAAGAGUGAUGCAUACCUUCAGCAAGCCCAAGAGCUGGUUAUACUUGAAACAAUAAUGCUUCAAACUUUAGGUUUUGAGAUUACCAUUGAACAUCCGCACACAGAUGUUGUGAAAUGUACGCAGUUAGUGAGAGCAAGCAAGGAUUUGGCACAGACAUCCUAUUUCAUGGCUACCAACAGUCUUCACCUUACUACAUUCUGUCUUCAGUACAAGCCCACAGUCAUAGCAUGUGUGUGCAUUCACUUGGCCUGCAAGUGGUCCAACUGGGAGAUUCCAGUAUCAACUGAUGGAAAACACUGGUGGGAAUAUGUAGAUCCUUCGGUUACUCUAGAAUUACUAGAUGAGCUAACUCAUGAGUUUCUGCAGAUACUGGAGAAAACGCCUAGCAGGCUCAAGAGAAUUAGAAAUUGGCGGGCUAAUCAGGCUGCUAAGAAACCUAAAGGGGAUGGACAGGUAUCCGAGAACUCGCUUCUUGGUUCAUCUUUGGUCCAGAAUUCCAUUUUGGUGGAUACAGUUACUGGCGUACCUGCAAACGCAAGUUUCCAAAAACCAUCAACAUCGUUUCCUGCACCGGUACCUCUGACCUCAGGAAGUAUUUCUGUUCCAGACAGUCAUGCACCUGAAAAUUUGGCAAUACUAGCUACAGGAAUGCCAAGUACCUCAUACAGUUUGGCAUCACACCAGGAAUGGCCUCAGCAUCAAGAACAAACAAGGACAGAACAAAUUUACUCCCAAAAACAGGAGGCAUUACCUGCUGGUCAGUACAACAUGAACUUCCAGGCAGGGACGUCUGUACAGUUGCACUCUGGAGUACAUCACAGACCUGACAAACUUGCUGAGCAUUCUACUGUCAAACAAGAAUAUUCUCAUAAGUCAGGAAACAAACACCACGGACAAGUCGCCGCUCCUGUAAUAAUUCCUCAAAAAAUGUCUCUGGAUAAAUACAGAGAGAAGCGCAAACUAGAAACCCUCGAACUGGAUGUGAGAGAACACUACGUAGCAACCCCGGGCGAACAGCAGCAUAAAAAACACCUGCAGCCUCAGCCAGCCAGCAGUUCUUCUGUUACGUCUCCCAUCAAAAUGAAAAUCCCCAUUGCAAACGCAGAGAAGCCUGAAAAACACUUGUCUGAUAAGAAAGAAAAGGGUGGCUCGCUCAAACUCCGUAUACCGAUCCCACCCACAGAAAAGGGUGCCAGCAAGGAGGAGCUGAAAAUGAAAAUUAAAGUUUCUUCCUCGGAAAGGCACAGCUCGUCGGACGAGGGGAGCGGGAAAAGUAAACAUUCGAGUCCCCACGUUAGCAAAGAGCAUAAGGAAAAACACAAAGAACACUCUUUAAAUCGCCACCACAGCAUUGGGCACAAGCACUCCCACUCGCACAGCAGUGGGAGCAGUAGUGGCGGCAGUAAGCAUAGCGCUGAUGGAGUAACCCCAACUGUUCUGAGGAGUCCCGUGGGCCUGAGUAGCGAUGGCAAUUCCUCUAGUUCCGGCUCGUCAAGAAAGAAGUUGCACAGCAACGAUGCUUCUCACAACCACCACUCCAAAAUGAGCAAAAGUUCCAAAAGUUCAGGUAGUUCAUCUAGUUCUUCCUCUGUUAAGCAGUAUGUAUCCUCUCACAACUCUGUUUUUAACCUUCCCUUACCCCCUCCUCCCCCUGUCACAUACCAGGUGGGCUACGGACAUCUCAGCACCCUCGUGAAACUGGACAAGAAACCAGUGGAGAACGGUCCUGAUGCCAAUCACCAGUACAGUACAAACAGCCAGCAUAUGGACUACAAAGAUACAUUCGACAUGCUGGAUUCGCUGUUAAGUGCCCAAGGAAUGAACAUGUAGUCAAUUCUUAGGUUGUUUUUCUUUACUUUUUUUAAUUUAAGAAUUGUUAGAACGGAAAACUUCCUAAAAUAGCAGUAGCAACACCAGCUGUUGCUGCCGUGGUUUCAGUAUAUGUAAGUGCUGCUUUCUCCUUCACUCUGAAAAGAAGAGGUAUAGUAAACAAGUCUUUAUCUCCACAUACGAUAGUGUUAUAAAUACUGUAAUAGCAUGGAAGGUGCAAAAAUCUCAGUAUUUCUACAACUGCAGCUAAGAACAGUAGAAUGAACGUCCGCUUUUAGAUGUAUAGGAUGCCUCGAGCAUUGAUUAUUUAUAAUUUUGAAUACUGCAGCCACAACUUUUUGUUGCGUAGUUUUUGAAUGAGUGUCAUUGUUUUCUUGUGUAUUUAUACUGUAUGUAUGAUUUGCAUGUUUCGAAGAUAAAGGGAUUAAAAAAACAGUAUACUGACAACUGUUUACAAGAAAGUGGAGAAAAAUGUACAUACAUUUUUGUAUGUUUAGAUAUACCAUAAAUACUCAGGAUUGGAGCUGCUUGUAAGUAUAAUGAAAUACCCAUAACUUUAUUUUAUCUUGCCAGAGUCCAUCAGUUACCCAAACAAAGAUGGCACUUUGUCUUGUUUAUCUUUAAACUGUAGGCCUUAUUGGAAGCCGCUUAAAAGGGACACUUGACUAGAGAAGGUAUCCAGUACCACGUAGGGUCAUCACCGGACAGUAUUACCAGAGGCAGGAAAUCGGGUAGGCCUCUGCUCCCUCCUUACGGCCAGACCUCGGAAAUGUCCCUAGUUUUUCUGAAGGAAAAAGGAAUUAAAAUAAAAGUUUACAUAAUCUUUUGAUGUGAAGUGCAUUUAAAUGUUUAUUGGCUUGAUGCAGUAAAAUAGACACGGAGCUGUUAAUAAUGGUUAUGUAGAGUAAUGUGACUUAACUGCAAUUCAUAACUGUCAUUGUGGAAAAAUCAUCUUUUUUUAAAAAAAAGUCAUAAUUUAUUUUAAUAGUAAACAGGGGUCACUGUUUCCAUUACCAUUUCAGAAUAACGCCCAUGUUCUGAAAUCCAAAAAGUGUACUUGUGUGUGAUGCCAUAUUUCUUUUACAGGUGAAUGCAGUCUUCACAGUCAAUAAGAAUAAAACUAUUGAUACCCAACUUUAUAUUCCAACAAUAAAAUAGUUACCAUUGAUUCUGUGCAUUGUACUUGUCAUUAGUUACCCAAUUGGAAGAUACUUGUUCUGUUUUUUCAGCUCUGUGGGGGUUAAAAAACAAAUAAUAACAGUCAGUCUCCCAGUUAAACCACUGCCUGCCAGCGUGAGCGCGGUGGCUCGUGCGCUCUGCCCGGGGUGGUUUGAUCUCCAGAAGAAAUGCCAGGUGUGAACAUUCUCGUGUUCCCAAAGCCAAUCCGGCAGCUCAGUUGCCCGGAUAGCAGCGAACUGACUUUCGGGGGAGGGGGGGUUAUUCAAAACUAUUGAUAAGCUCUGAAGUACCUCAAUCAGCAUAUGGUAGCAACAGCCAGGUUUUGGUGACUUCUUUUAAGUUCGAAGUGAAUGUGAUGUGAAGUAAAGUUGUGCGAAGCCACCUCAUUCCCUUAGUGCUCCUGUAGUUCUGGAAGUCUCAGACCUUAAAUCUGAAGCUUGGCCCUUUAAGUUCUGUCACUCACGUGUGCUUUAAAGGAUAAAAGUGUGCGAUAUUUACCCAGUCGGUAGUUGCUGUAUCACGUAACUACAGGUAUAUCAAUUACUAUGUAAUACUCUCUGUCCAGUAAUGCAAACGCUUGUAACUACUUGAAUAAGUUUUAUUUGAACGAUGGAUACUUUUUUUUUUUUUACACUUAAGGAGUAUUUAAAUGGAAACCAGAUUGCAUUUUCUGCUGAAUCCAAGCUUAAAUCUUGUCCCGUGUACAAAAUCCAAAGCUGUCUUAUCCCUACCGACUCGGGUGUUUUUCUACAUUGGGAAUGUAGCUCUUGUUACGUACUUCUGCUUUGUUAAAUAUUUUCUAUCCUUUUAUAGUCUGUUUCCUUUCCAUCUCUGCGCUACUCUUGUGUCUGAUUUUUAACAAACGUAAACUGCGUUAUAUACUGUCCUAAAUCUAUAGCGCGGGCAGACAGAUGAAAUAGCAGUAAAUUGUCUUAAUUUUUCUUUGAAGCACUACAGUUACUUUCUUCUCGAGUCUGUUUAAAUAGUCGUGCCAUGAAAUGCAUCUUAUACAGCCACUCUGGAUAAGCAAUAUAUUGUACUGUAAAUAUAGCAAUUGCUGUCAGAACUUGGAGUUAAAAUGUCUGGAUGGUAACUAGUGCCUGUCUGAUAUAAAUUGGAAAAGAGCAUAGGCCUUCAUCCUAAGGUGCUGUUUCAAAAGAAAUGUUUCCUAUUUUGAUUCUGGGAAGUUGUGAAAUGUCGUGGACAAAAUGUUGCUAUGCUACGUUGAGAUCCAAACUGGGAUUUUUUUGGUUUCUCUGUCAAGGAUGUCCAUAAAACUCAUUGGGUUUGGUUUUCAAUGUAAUUGUAAAUAUGUGAAACUGUUUGUGUCUUCGUGUCUGAAAGUAAAUUCCGUGUGGUGGUAGUAGGGGCUGAGGGAGAGGACGUGCAAGGAGAUGCCACUGGUUUUCCCUGAGUGAAACCCACUGCAAAUCAGUGACUGGUGCGAACCUCAGCCUGGCCGAGGUGCUCGGAAUGAGUGGAACUUCAUGGGGUGGGCGUCAGCCUCGCAAGUGAAUGACUGAGUAAAUGCAAUAAAAGGCUAAGAGACAACGCUAUCACUCUGAUCGUCACUUUGAUUACAGAUGGUUUUGUUAUAAAUUUGAGUACAUGCAUUAUGUAAUUUGUAAAAUGACGCUGUAGUGGAGACCUUGCUACAACACUAUUAAAAGUCAUCCCUUUUUGUGAGAUAUGAGGUUUGUAGACUAGUGAGAUUCUUUCGUAUGUUGAAUCUUAACCUGUUCCUAAUGGUGGGAGUGCUGAAGUCCUGUAUCUCACUGUGAUCCCGUACUUCGGUAUUUGCAUAAAAUGGCAGUUCUGUAUAUUCUUUUGGCUAACUGUAAAUAUAAAUGUUUCAUAUUAGCAUAGUUGAAUUUUUUGAGGUACAGCCAUUUGUGUGAGAUUAGAAAAAACAACUUUAUUUCUAAGAACUUGUAAAAAAAAAAAAAGUAUUUUCAAUAAAAUUCCCUACCUCACCUCUGUUGUGCAGAAAUUAUCCCAUUUUACUAUGUUUAAUUUUCCAGUUUCAUUUUUAAACACAAAGAAGAUGCCUUUUCAGUUAUUGGCAAAACAUUGCCAAUUUUUAACAGAUCAGUCAAAUAGUGGGAUGCAUGAAAGGCUGAAGUUUAAUUGGUUUCCUUUGCUUCCUUUACAUUCUGGUGAUCAGGUAUUUGAUACCUGAAAAGCAAAUUCUAGAAAUUUUAUGCCCUCUUAAGGUGCUCCCUCACUCUACCCUGGGGUGGAGAGGCUGUGAUUUUAUUGUAUAGUGACUGGCGCCGCUUCAUUUUAUUUUUUAUUUCAUUUUCUUUUAUUUGUAGCAGUGGGUAGUGGGGGGGGGAAGGGGUGAGGGGGUGGGUGACAAGAGCAUCCCAAGGGUCUCUGUAAGACCUCAGGGGAAAGGUUCCCAAUCCUUGUUUUGCAGUGAAGGGGACGGAGCAAACGCUUUGUUUGCUUUCUUUAGUUGGGAUGUAAAUGCGCAUCCCCACAAUUGGUUUUAAAAUAAAUGUUUAAAAGACAAAGUUAUGCCGAACUAAACUAGCUAAUUCAUUCCUCCUUUCUCUGAAAUACUUAACUC